CCUAGAUCCUUUUCUUCAACUACAAAUACAACUCCCAUUCUCAUCCUUCUAUCCAUCUAUCAUUCUUCUCUCAAAAAUUUCAUCACUUCAAACUCAAGAUCGUUGGAUGCUUGCUUGUUGUGUUCUUUGAUCAUUGUUUAAGAGUGAUUCCAUAAAGAGAAUUUCGUAAGAUGUCAGGUGCUACUACUUGUGUAAACCAAGUGUCACUAAGUGAACAACCCUUUACUAGUAGUAGUGCUACUACUAAUUCAUUGAGAAGGACACUUUCAGCUGUUGAUAUGUCUUCUAAAAUCUCUGAUAAUCAAGAUGUUGAACGAAAGAAAAGUCUUUCUCAACAACAGCAACAACAACCUGGAGGACAGCUUGAUAUUUGGAGUUCCAUUCUAAUUCAAAAACCAUCACCUCUUCCACCUCCUUAUGUUCAUCCUCUUGUCAAAUCCAAGAGUUGUUUAGGUAUUAAAAGUCUUGAGAUUUGUACUGAAAACUUAGGUUCUGAAUCUGGGUCUGAUAGUUACCCUCAUUCAGACAUUAGUCUUUCUGAUACCGAAGAAGAACAGGAAGAAGUAGAAGAAGCAAUUGAACAAAUAGUAAAAGAGAAGAAAGAAUUAGUAGUAGUAAUGAAUUCUAGUAAGAAAUCAUCAGCACGGCCAUCUGCAGCUCCUAGAUCUUUCCCACCCCCACUGAAAUCACUCUCUAAACCAGGAGGUGGUGCUAUUCAAAUGAAAACUCAUCGUAAAGAUGGAAGAUUAGUUCUUGAAGCUGUCUCUGGUCCUAUUUCUCAAAACCAUUUCAAUGCUCAACGUCAAGACGGUCGUCUUGUUCUAACUUUCGCUUCACCUAUCCCAGAAUCCAAAUCACAAUUAGACGAAGAUAUUUUUGAUACCGAUGAAGAAGUAGACCUCGAAUGUCGUCAUGACAUUGAGAUGGAAGAUCAAGAAGAAGAAAAUAGAAGGAUUGUGUUGGAAAUGACUCCAAAACUGCCAGCUGCAGUGAUAAAUUUUCACAGAUCAGCAAUGAUGGUGAAUAAGUUUAUAGGUCUGACAAACAACAAGAAUAACCUAAAAUCUUGCUGGUCAUCAUCAUCUAAUCUUAAAAACAAGUUGGAAAAAAUGAUGAAUUCACAAUCAACAAAACUACUUCCACAAUCAGUUCCAAUAUCAGCACCAAAAUUAGCUGCAGGGUCACAACGAAUGCCAUCCCGAUUAGCACCGAAACAAGAAACUGUUGCGGCCACUGCAGCGGUAGAGCCUACUUUCAACAGAUAUGAGUACUGUUGGCGAAACGACACAUUCUCAGUGGUACCAGUUAGUGGAAUUCAUCAUCUACUUAACCAACAAUUACUACCCAACACCAAAAAUACUUACCGCCACAACAACAACAGUAAUAAUCUCAUAAGGAGUAAGAAUAAUUACUGCAUUAACAAUAAUACUAAUAAUUUAUUUGGCAAGAAUUCAACAACAAAAAAAGGAGAAAAUUAUAAGGAGGAGAAGCAGAAUGGCCAUGGAGAAAAGGUUGUAGAUCAACAUUUGAUAGUUCCAGCUUACUGCAAACUGGAACCAAGAAGAUCUGUAUUAUUUUGGGAACCACUAUUUUGCACAGCCACAUCUUAAUUCAUCAAAAUCAUUUUCAUAUAAUUUUUGUGUAAAUGCACAUGUAAUUGUAAAUACUCUAAACUCGAAUGACAAUCCGAUAAGAGAAAAAGAAUUUCCGGUAC